AUGGAGCAAUCUAAUGGCAGUCGCAAGCAUAGCAUGGACAUGUCUGAGCCACUGCAGCCACAGUCCUCGGCGGCGAUUCCCUCGUCGGAGACUUGGAGCAGUAAGAGGAAGCUCUAUGCCAUCGAUGAGCGGGAGGAGAGCUCGCCGGUGACUGUGGGCAAGGUGGAUGCGGAUCUGGCCUACGAUGCGGACGUGGAUGAGCUGGAGCAGCCGGCAGGUGAGCGGGAAAUCAUCUACGAGCUCUUCCAGCCCUGGGCCCUCAGCACUUACGGCGAUCAGGCCAAGACCAAGACGAUAACGCUGCGCAAGAAGGCGCGAAUCCUGAAGGCUCUCGAGGGCAAGGAGCACAGUCGCCCAGAUAGCUCCAAGUUUCGAUUCUGGGUGAAAACCAAGGGUUUCACCACCAACCGUCCCGACGGCUUUGAAGAGGCUGCAGGCAGUCGGCGCUGCCUGAAGCCCCUGCCCACCUCGGCCAUUCUCUCCGACAAUCCCGGUGACGUGGACCUCUUUGCCGCAUCCACCAGCAAAGGGUUCGGGCGUCGGAUCUAUCGCAAGGUGGCCUGCGUUGAGGAGUUCUUCGAUAUCAUCUACAAUGUACACAUGGAGCUGGGCGGACGGAGUGGCAUGCACGCGGGUCAGAAGCGCACCUAUCGCAUUAUCACCGAAACCUAUGCGUUCCUGCCCCGCGAGGCGGUCACUCGCUUCCUGACCAUCUGUCCUGAGUGCAAGAAGAACCUACGACCCUCCUCGCCCUCGGUGGGCGGCAAGGAUGCCGACCUGGCCGGCAAUGAGAGCUCCUCAGAAGUGGAGAACUACCUGAAUUAUUCAUCGCACACGGAGAGCUCUCUGGAGGCGGGGCCCACGGCCAAGCGCCGCCGGCACUCGAGCGCCGAGCUCAAGGCCUCGCUGGCGGUGGCCAGUGGCCUGGCCGGGGGCGUAGGACUGGGUGGUGGUGCCAGCAGCUCUAGUGCCGCCCAGCAGGAUGCUCCAGGGGCUCCACCACCACCCAGUCCCGGUCCCCGUCCCGGUCCCGGUCCCAGUCCCAAUCCCAAUCCCAAGCCAACGGUGACCGAGGCGACUGUUGAAACAUCGCCGGUUAGCGUGCCCAAAAUCCGGGUCAAGUCCCAGUUGCAGUGUCCGCCGAGUCCGCUGGACCGUGUCCAAGCCCCAGUAGAGGCAAGCCCCAAUAUGGCUUCACAGUCGCAGCAGGCCAGUGCCAGUUCCCAGGGCUUUGAUUCCCAUCUGUUGAAGUCGCGGGACAAUCUCCUGCGAUACUAUGACUUCAUGAGGCGCUUCUAUGCCGGGGAACCGGUCUUAGCGCCGCCCCUCUACGGCAGCAGCCUGCUGCAGAGCCUGAGCUAUCCAACCCCAGUUUCUGCCACGACAACCCCUACCCCUAACCCUAGCAGCACCACAGCCUCUCAAGGCAGGCCGCUAGACCUUCCCAAGGCCGCUUCUCCAGCUCCCAGUACCAAUGCCAAUCCCUCCCUGCUCAAGAGCUCUCCGGACAGCUCGGUGCAGGCACGCUCUCCGGUCGUCUCGACAGCCACGCCCACCGCCGCCACCAAAGACACAACCCCUCUCACUCCGAUAAAUCUAACGAAAUCUCUGUUUUGCAGCUUGAAGAGCGGAAACCCGGCCUCGACAUCGACGCCAGUGGCCGCCCAUAUGCCGCUCAAGCUGGAGCUGCCCAGUCCGCCCAAGCCGCUGUCGGAGAUGCGUAUUCCCCAGCUGGGUAACCUGCCGCCAGUGGAGCUAUCCCUGCCACUGCCGCCGCUGGAUCUGGAGCGACUGAAGCCCAUCACCUCGACUUACUUGCAGCUGACACGCAGCAUGGGCCUCAGCGACGAGGAUGCCUUGCGCUUCGACAACUUGGAAACUAUUCCGGCAACACCGGUCGUGAGCACCGACACCUCCACCGGCCUGGUCGGUGUAGGCGCGGUCGGCGGCGCAGGAGGAGGAGGUGGUUCUGGCACAGGAGGCAGCGGUGGCGGCGUUUCCGGCGCAGGGGGUCUUCUGGGCGAAGUGGUCAGCGGUCUGGGCGGCGGCGGAGCCAGCGAGUCGGAGGCCUACGCCGGCCUGAUGAAGGACGCCGACAAGCUGAAGCUGAUGCUGCUGGCCUGGAACUACCAGAACUCGACGGCGGUGCGGAAUGGGACCGAGGGUCCGGACCUGAGCGUGGUGGGCGGCCUGUGGGCGCAGUACCAGAACGCUCUGGCCCAGAACGCAGCGGCAGCAGCGGCAGCCAGCGUCAAAAUGGACAGCUCGCUGUCGCCGGUGCCGCGGCAGGACACCCACUCGCCGAUGGAGACGCAGGACGAGACGAACUCGUCAGGCCAGAAGGAGGAGGACGAGGUAUCCGAGGACGACUCCGACGACAAGCUGGACGAGAAGUUGGCCACCACGCACGAUCCCGAGCGGCUCAAGGCCUUCAAUAUGUUCGUGCGGCUGUUCGUCGACGAGAACCUGGACCGCAUCAUUCCCAUCUCGAAGCAGCCCAAGGAGAAGAUCCAGGCCAUCAUCGACUCGUGCGCCCGGCAGUUCCCCGAGUUCAGUGACCGAUCCCGCAAACGCAUCCGCACCUAUCUCAAGUCGUGCAGGCGCAAUAAGAAGACCCGCGAUGGAUGGGAGAAUACGACCCGACCCACGCCCGCCCACCUGACGUCCGUGCAGGCAGAGCAAAUCCUGGCCAUUGCCUGCGAGAACGAGUCGAUGAAUGCCAAGCGGAUGCGCAUUGGCCUGGAGCCCAUCACCCAUGCAGUUCCGGCGCCGGGUAGCGCCGUGGCAGCAGCUGCAGCGGCAGCGGCAGCCGCCGCCGUUGUGGCAGCCACCAGCUCCGGGGCCGGCGGCACCAGCACCACCUCCGCCGGCAAUGCCACGGUCACUUGUGGCGGAGUGGGUGGAGCGGCGGAUGCCGCCGGCCUGACCAGCGUGGCGGCCGCAGCCCUGCCGUUCGUCAGUGCCGUCGGCUUUGCCCGAUCCACACCCAACUCGGAGCAUGCGGACGGACUGCCCUUCGGGGCGGUGGGCACUGUGGGCGGCAUCGGCAGCGGGGGCGGCGGCAGCACCAGCGGUGGUGUUGCCGGUGGUGGCGGCGGUGGCAUGAGUUCGGCACGCAGUUCACCACUGGCCCUCAGCUCGAAUGCCAGCGUGAGCGGCGGCGCCAGUGUCACCGGCCUGACCCUGGCCAACGGGGCCGGGGCCUCGAACGGAGCCGGAUUGCCGGCCAGCAGUCCCUACACCACGGACUUUAGCUCACCGUCGACGGCCUCGCCCUUUGUGGCGGCAGCAGCGGCAGCGGCGGCGGCAGUUUCUGCAGGCCGGGCUCCCAGCUAUCCCGGCUACUUUCCGGGUGUGGCAGGCCUGGGAAAUGUUACGCCCACCGAUCUCUCGAUGAAGCCGACUAGCCUGGCCAGCGGUCUCGGCGGCAACCUGGUCAGCAACAACAGCAACAACUCCGCGGCAGGCAACAUCAACUCGCAGCUGAGCGCCGCCAACUUGGCCAGCCUGAGCAGCGUGAACAAUAACAACGCCCUGGUGACAGCCACCCAGCAGCUGCAGCAGCUCCAGCAGCAGCAACAGCAGCAGCAGCAGCAACAGCAGCAACAGCAGCAGCAACAGCAGCAGCAGCAGCAGUUGCUCGUGGGCCGGGGCGGUGGACUGGAUGCCCAGGCCAACCGGGUGCCGCCCAUCCUGCCGCACAAGCUGAGCGCCAACGAGGUGACCGCGGCCCGGCAGGUGAUAUCUGCGUACCGCGAGAGCGCCGCCUUCUUGCUGCGCACCGCCGACCAGGUGGAGCAGCUGCUCGUCCAGCAGCAGUAGGCAAUGGCGGCGGACGUGGCCCCUAGGUUCGAGACCCAAGCGGUGCCAGGCGCGCGCGGGUUGUUCCUAUUUUAAAUGAAAUUUAAAAUGAAUUACACACUCCGACACACAAGCCAAACUAAGCGAAAAUAGUCAAACCGUAGAGCCAAACGAAGGAAGAGCCAUCCGGCGGAUAGUCAAACGAAGCUCGUUCAAACGAAACAUUUUAAGUGUUUUUUCCUCCACUACGUACAGCAUACUUAAAAUAGAAUUUAACGAUAAACAAAAACCAAAAGAAAUAUUGCAAAUAUCACAACAGUAAAGAUAUUAGAGCUGCCGUUGACUUGCUGACUUGUUUCUGAACUGAAUUUCUCCGACCGGCUUUAACUUAACCCUGUUUUGUAACUCCCAGAAUCGGGUAACAAGAAAAUACUUGACUAAUUAAAAUUGCAACACGAGAGAGUACUGAAAUCAGAUUACUUUAGCGUCAAUAAGGCCAUAGCAUUAUCCUCAAACUACAUAUUUCUUCGUAAAUUAUCGAUAUUAGAUACAAAUCAGAUGGCAAAGCAGCUCUAAUAGUAAUAAAACCAAGCAACAGUUCAACGUACUACAGUGUCUACUAAAAGUAAACCUACAAUAGCCAUACACAAACACUCGCAUCGAUUUUGUUUGGACCUUUCAUUUUUACGCAUUUUUUAGGUUCUCGCUCCUCGGAGAGCCGACGAUUCCGGGCCCGUUUUCAAAGUGCGCGAUUUGUUGAAAAAGGUUAAAACUAAUAACUAAUAAAU